CAUCAGACCGCGCGGUGUCCGGUCAUAAUGAGAAACUUCCAGAAGGACUCCGGUGUCUUGUGGUGACAGGAGGCCAGAAGAGGAGAGGAAGAGGAGAAGGAGAGAAGGAUGGAGGAAGCGGUGAAGAAGCGGCCAAUCAUAUCUGCACGGGAGCGAGGUCCAGGGCCGGGCCGCUACGCUCUGCCCCCCACUGUGGGCUACAUGAACCAUGACUUCACCAAACCCUCCAGCCCCGCCUAUACUUUCCACAGCCGCCAGAGCAGCGCCAUGGUGUCAGUCGACUCCAGCCCAGGGCCCAGGUACAGUGUGGACUCUCGGGUGACCAGGUUUGGGCGCAUGCAGACGCCCUCCUACUCCAUCCUGGGCCGAGGGAGGCGUUUAGGGGAGCAGUCCCAGACGCCGGGCCCCGGGACCUACAGUCCAGAGAGGGCCCCCCCAGUGAACGCCCACCGCAGAUUCCCCUCCUACACCAUGAGCACCCGCACCCGUUACCGCACCGUGGACGACGUCCCAGCACCCAACAGUUAUGUUUUACCAAACUUAAUGGGCAGCCAAGUCCCCCACAAACCAUCCAGUGCCAGUUUUUCCUUCUCGGGCCGGAGGGGGGUGGGAGCCCCCUCUGAGGACCUGUCCAAGAGCCCGGGGCCCGCCAAAUACAGCAGCACUCACCCCGACGUCAUGCACCGCCGCCAGCCCUCCUUCUCCAUGCAGCCGCGCACCCAAAGGCCCAGCUACACCUCUGGCGUGCCCGGCCCCGGAGCCUACAGCCCAGAGAAGUUCUACCUGCACCUCCCCAAGAGGCCCGCGUUCACCAUGGGUAUACGACACUCCGAGUUUGUCACGCCCCUAGUGGUGGACGUGGUGAAAUGA